AUGUUCGUUCUGGCCAUAUCAGCCGCCGGGAUUGAGCUCAAUGACCAAAAAAGGGCCUUACUGGAUUUAAUGCCGAGUUCAUCCAACAAGUCAUCGGCGAGGAAAAAGACUCUUUAUACACUCCUCCUACAGUUCCGCUCGAUGCAAGCAACGGACCCACGCGAUAUGGUUUACGCCUUGCUUGGCAUAGCAUCCGACACACAACACGGUACUGCGGCAACGCUGCUUUCAGCAGACUACUUGAAGAGUGAGGAGCAACUCAUACGUGAUUUGGGAGCCUACAUUCUUGUAGGCGAUACUGAAUCAUGGCUAUCGCCGUGCUCUGACAUGCUCGUAUUCCUCAAUGCAUUAUCAGCCUUGGCAGCUGACAGAUUGGUCGAUCUCGUGGUUGCCGGGCAUGUCGGAGACGCUAAAUUGAUUUGCCAUAGACUUGGGUUAUCGAAACCCGAGGUGACUCCUAGCGCUGUGUUGCACCUCAAACGCAGAUGUGAGAUUUCGGGGUUAAAUUCGGCUUUUCGAAAACUCCUUGCUUCAAGAGCUCCAAAACUCGCUUUCAGCAUGGAUAGUCUUGUUGCUAUUCUUACUUCGUGCGACCUUCCCACCGCAGUUUUCCUUAUGAAAAUGCCUGAGAAUGGCCUGUGGAUCACCAAAAAGUUGGUCAGAGCGAUACGUGAAAGAAAGAAUGUUCGGGCGUUGCGUUCGCUGGCAGCGAGAGCACCGGUGCGGCAAGUAUUCUUCGAAGAACUGACGCAUUGGGGUAUCCCAAUCACGCAGGAAGCUUUCAUCGCGAUUUUGUGUUGGUUAGGACCAAAACGAACCGUGGAGAUUGCGAACGGCCAAUGCAACGCAUUCAAGGUCGAUCAAAAGCUAGUGGAGGAGACUAGAUUGCGUUUUCCUUUCGAGGCAGUCAGGGACUGGUUUGAAGUUAUGCUAGCGAGUGAUAAGAUCGAAUUGCGUUUUGACACUGAACAAUUCUGUCGUCAAUUCGGCUCUGGCGCGUACGUAGCUUACCCUGCUACGAAUGCCUAG